AUUCGUUUAAAGAGCUCUACAAACAGAACUUACAAACCUUCUCCUCCAUUCUCACUUUCCGAUCUAAAUCUUUUGUUUAAAAUGAUGAUGAACACAAAGAAGCUAAUCAAGAUGGCCAAGAAAUGGCAACAAAGAGCAGACUUAAGCAGGAAACGAAUCUCACUUCAGAGGUCAAGUGCUACUACUAGUAGCUCAACCGCUACAGAGAAGGGUUGUUUUGUGGUUUACACGGUGGAUAAGAUCCGCUUUGCUUUUCCAAUAAGUUACCUGAGCAACUCUAUUGUCCAAGAGCUCUUGAAAAUAUCUGAAGAAGAGUUCGGUCUCCCUACGGAAGGACCAAUCACAUUGCCAUUUGAUUCGGCUUUUCUGGAGUACCUAAUCAAAAUGAUCCAACGAAGAAUAGAUGAUGAUACAGAAAAGGCUCUACUGUUGUCAAUCUCUACUGCUAGAUGCUAUUUGCAACAACAACAAAGUAGAAUUACUCAACAGUUGCUUGUAUUCUAGAGUUUAGCAAAAAAUUAUGUGUUUUGUAAAGUUAAUAUAGACAGCGCAUUUCAGAAAUACAAAC